GAUUCACCGUUUUGACCGUUUGAUCUAGAGCCAACGGCACAGAUCUGCGCCCUUCUCUCGCUUUCUCCCUGUCUCCUCGACGCCACCGCCGCCACCGCCUGGGCACCUCCCCCGGCCUCCGACGCUGCUAACCGCUCGACGUCCCGCCACCUCCACAACGCAGUUGGGCGCGCUUCCAGCCUCCGCCGGACCGGCGAGCUCCGGAGGUCUCAGUCACUCGAACUCUCGAAGAACAGAGUGUCCAUGGAAUGAUUUAAAGAUGGCGGCACCACUGCCUUCGUCUUGCACAUCUCUUGCACACUCUCCUAGGGUUUAGGGUCUAGACUCAAACCCCUUCUCGAAGACUACCAUAUGGCGUCCGCAUCUCGAGUGAGGCUUGGCACUCUAGUUCCCCUUACCAAGGACAAUGCUGGCUCAUCAAAUGGAUCUGUAUCAAGCAUUCCUAUAUUCCAGGGGCCCAAUGUAGUCGGGAGGGAUCAUUUGGUUGUCGUCGACAAGAGGAUCAGCCGCAAGCAUCUGAGCCUCCACGCCUCUACUGAUGGCUCCAUUGAAGUAGUAGUGGAAGGUCCAAACCCUAUAAUUGUGCGAUCGAAGGGACAGAGGAGGAAGGUUUGUGCUAAAGAGACAGCCAAGAUUGCUCAUGGUGAUGUCCUAGAACUGAUUCCUGGUGAUUAUUUCGUGAAGUACGUGGACAUGGGUGAUGAACAUGUACCAAUGCAUUUGAGCGACUUAAUGAAGGGUAAGAGGUAUAGUGAGGAACAUGGCGCAGCAGUCAAGAGGAUUCGACAGAUUAUGGAAGAUGAGGCUUUGGCAAAAACACUACAGGAAAGCUUUGCAGCAGAUGAUGCAGCUGUUUCUGGCAUGCCUUCUGGCCAAAAAAUAAGUUCACAUGACAGUGCCGGUUCUUCCGAAAGAAAUAAUGACAGAACACACUCUGUUGGUCCUUUGAAAGAUAUGCUCCCUUUGACUUUUCGGCUCAUGCAUGUCCAAGGUCUUCCAUCAUGGACUAACACUUCAUCAGUUACCAUUCAAGAUGUCAUACAGGGUGAAGUACUGCUUGCUGUACUUUCAAAUUACAUGGUGGACAUUGAUUGGUUGCUUACUGCGUGCCCAAGUUUGAGGAAGGUUCCACAUGUCCUGGUUCUACAUGGGCAAGAUGGUGCUUCAUUAGAGCUUAUGAAGAAGCUGAAGCCUGCAAAUUGGAUCCUUCACAGGCCUCCACUCCCAAUUUCAUUUGGAACACACCAUUCUAAGGCUAUGUUGCUUGUGUAUCCUCAAGGAAUUCGAAUUGUUGUGCACACAGCAAAUUUGAUACAUGUUGACUGGAAUUACAAAAGUCAGGGACUAUGGAUGCAAGAUUUUCCCUGGAAAGACACAGUCGAUAUGAAUAAAAAAACAGCCUUUGAGAAUGAUCUAGUUGAUUAUCUAAGUGCACUUAAGUGGCCUGAGUUCAGGGUGAAUCUCCCAGGGGUUGGUGAUGUCAACAUCAAUGCGGCAUUCUUUAGGAAGUUUGACUAUAGUAAUUCAAUGGUCAGGUUGAUUGGAUCGGUUCCUGGUUAUCAUGUGGGCUCCAAUAUUAGGAAGUGGGGCCAUAUGAAACUUAGGAAUGUUCUGGAUGAAAUCAUGUUCAAUAAACAAUUUUGCAAAUCCCCUCUGAUUUACCAGUUUUCUUCCCUGGGGUCACUUGAUGAGAAAUGGAUGAGUGAAUUUGCAUGCUCGCUGUCAGCUGGUAAAUCAGAUGAUGGAUCACAGCUAGGAAUCGGGAAACCACUGAUUGUCUGGCCUACGGUGGAGGAUGUUCGGUGCUCGAUAGAGGGUUAUGCAGCUGGUAGUUGCAUUCCAAGUCCUCAAAAGAAUGUUGAGAGAGACUUCUUGAAGAAAUAUUGGUCCAGGUGGAAAGCGGAUCAUGUAGGUCGUUGUCGGGCUAUGCCUCACAUAAAAACCUUUACUCGUUACAGUGGCCAAAACAUUGCAUGGUUUCUGCUUACCUCAGCAAAUUUAAGCAAAGCUGCUUGGGGCGCGCUACAGAAGAACAACACACAGCUAAUGAUACGUUCAUAUGAGCUAGGUGUAUUGUUCUUGCCCCAAACACUCCAAUCAGUACCACAAUUUUCAUGCACGGAAAAGAGCCGCUCAAUCAGGGAUGGCGUCGCCCUUGGCAAGACGAUCAAGACCAAGCUGGUCACUCUUUGCUGGAAAGGUGACGAAGAGGAUCCAUCUAUUGUGAGAUUGCCUGUGCCAUACCAGCUUCCUCCACAACCUUAUGGCACACAAGAUGUCCCUUGGUCGUGGGAUCGGAGGUACACAAAGAAGGAUGUGUAUGGUUCCGUCUGGCCACGAUAUGGCUAGCCUGUGAUUUGGUUUUAUUUAUAUCCCAGAAAAAGAUGAUUCCUAACCCUGUUACUGUUCGGGUCGGUUUGAACCAUCGGGCAGCCCCUCUCGUUCUGUGACCCUGCUUUCAUGGCCACUCGACCAUCAGUGGCGAGAAUUGUGGGAUACGAUAUUUUCAUCUGGUUGAAGCUAUGAUAUUGAUUGAUGCGUGAACAAAAUGCCAUUGGUUGCUUGCUACUGCGUUGUUUAUA